AUGGAGGAAAUUGAGUUACUUAAAGAAGAAAGUAGUAAUAGCAAUAUUUCUUCAAAAGUUAAGAAAUUGAUUAUACUAUCUGUAUUGAUUGUUGUCAUUGUUUUUGCGAUUUUCAUUUUCUUCAGCAAAGUAACAAAAAUAGAAAUCAAGAAAACACAGAAUUUGUAUAAUAAAUUACCUUCAAAAUACUUCAUUAGUUCAAUUUACUCAAUUCCUCUUAAUACAGAAUACAAAGCACAAAAAUCUUGGCUUUACACAUCAUUAAACAUAAUGGAAUCUCUCUACAAAUACAAUGGAUACAUGAAAGGAUUCUUAAAUGAAACAGAAUACGUAAAAUUUUCUCCUUAUUACAUUUCAGACACACUAAAUUCAUUUUGUUCCAAAAAUACUAAUAUUGAACCAUGUAAUUCGACACGGACAGAAGGAAAAUCAAUAUAUCCGACAUUUGAAGACUUCGCGAAAUUUAUCAAAACGUAUUCAAGUAUUUUGAUACCAGAAAGUGCAUGUAAAGUUCAAAACAACAAAUGUAAUGUUGAUACUGAUGUAUAUUCAGACAGUAAAAUAGAUUUCAAUAUGGAAAGUUCAAAAAUUGUAACAACAAUUUCUCAAAUAAAAGAAUUAUUAUAUAAAAAUAGAUCUCCUUUGGGUUUUGUGAUGCCAAUGCCUGCAACAAGAUACAAAUUGCCAUGUUCUGAUAUCUUAGUCAAUCAAACAGAACUUUGUAAGAAAACAUCAUUAGGAUUUGGAUAUUUGACUUUCAACGAAUCUUUUGAAUCGAAUGGUCCAUCUUUCUAUCAUAUCACAGGAGAUGUAAUCAAAACAGAAACAAGAUCGUUAGAAUUAAUCGGAUGGGAUGAUAAUUUCAUUGAACCUCUUUCAUCAAACAUCACAAAUGCACCACCAACAAAAGGUGCAUUCAUAUUUAAAGGCACAUGGGGCUCAACUGGUCACUCAAGAGAAUAUCUUUCAGGAAUUAUUCCUAGAAACAUAGAAAACGCUCUUUGCCCGAAUAGUUAUGAUCCAUUGAACUUUAUUCCUGCUUCUUUACAGUGCGUUGCUGAGAACGGAGGAGAUUUAAGCAAAUGCUCAACAGAUAUGAGUUCUACUGGAGCAACCCAGCUUGUUUGUGUUGAUCCAAACUUCUGUAAUGAAGACGAAUCAUAUUUUGUCACUAGAAACUCAGAUUUGUCAAAAUCAGCUUCGAUAUACACAGAAAAUAACAUAGUUUAUCCAAUUAUUAGGUCCAUCAAAGGAUCUGUUGUAUCAUCUAUGCAAUUCCCUGUUCCAUUUUCUCAUUUACAUAAAGUUUUUGCUCCGAAAUCUCCAAUACCCAACAAUGAAGCUUUUUGCGGCCAUGUUGCAAUAUCUUAUAGAGUAAUUGAAGAAUUACAGAGAUUGUCUAAUCCAUAUUCCGAAUCAAUUCGUGCAAUUUCUCUUGAAGUCAAUUUUUAUAACGAAUCUUAUGCUGCUUAUAAGAAGAAAGCACAUAAAUUCACUAAGAAUUCAACAAGUAACUUCCAACCUAUAACUUCCAAGUUUACUUUUACUGAUUUAUAA